AUGAAGAAGGCGGAUAAGGAAUAUGUGGAUAGUGAGUUAAAUAAGAAGGCAAAUUUGGUUUAUGUUGAUGAAAAAGAUAAUGAAAUUAAAGAAAAGGUUGAAUGGUAUCAUGAAUGGACAUCGGAGACUUUUAAAGUUAAAGCUGAUACAGAAUGGGUUUCAGGAUGUUUAGACCUUAAAGCAGAUAAAACAUAUGUGAAUGAAAAUUAUGCAAAGAAGUCGGAAGUAAAUGAUGUGAUUACAAGCAUGAAAAAUGAAAUUCUUCAAACAUUAUAUCCUGUUGGUUCUAUUUAUACAUCAAUGAACUCAACAAAUCCAUCAACAGUUUUAGGUUUUGGUACGUGGAAGCAGAUUGUAGAUAAAUUCUUAUACUGUGCUAGAUAUUCAAAGCAAACAGGAGGUUCGAAGAAAAUUAAAGAAGCAAACCUUCCACCGCACACUCAUACAGGAACUACAAACACAACAGGUAAUCAUUCACAUUCAAUAACAAAAAGAGGUUAUACAAAUCUUGCAGCGGGUUCGGAUAGAUGGGGAAUGAAUAGAUAUGAUAUCACAACUGACCCAGUAGAUUCAAGCACAGGUAUUUUCUGUGGAACCGCAGGUAAUCAUUCACACACUUUCACAACAAAUCCAACAGGCUCGGGUAAAGAUUACAUGCCACCAUUUGUGACUGUAUUCGCAUGGUACCGCAUUCAUUGA